GAGUUUCCUGCUCGUCACCUCCCAAACUUUCAGCAAAAAUCUCCUCCAACUCAACAUCCUUUGCAUCCAUCCAAUCCUCACAAUUCAUUAUGUUGUCGCUACGCACCAUCGCCCGCUCUGUGCCUCGCACUAUCUCCCGUUCCAUUGCCACCUCUUCCCGCUCUGCUCUCUUCCGACCUGUCCCGGCGGUUGCUCCUAAAUAUGUCACUCUGCAAUCUGCUCUGAAGCCCUCCUACGCUGCUUUCUCGACUUCCAGUGUAUUCAAGCAGUCUCAAGCUGAAGGUGACUUUGAACUUGUUGCCAAGCUUGAGGAUGAAUUGAAGCAUGAGAAGGCUUCCGGUCUCGAGGAUCUCGAUUCUUCCGUCCAGAAUAUUCAGUACGUUCUUCAGAACAACUCUUGGGAGGUCAAAGACGUCCCCGGUGACCAGGAAGUUGUGUUGACGAAGAAGUUCGGCAAUGAGGAGAUCCGUCUCACCUUCACCGUUGCGGAUCUUCAGAACUUGAGCGAGCAAGAGGAGUUCGACGACCAGGCUUUGAGCGACGAGCUGGAUUUUGAGGCCGGCCAGCCCGGUAACAAGGGUGCCGCUGGCAACCCCGAGGCUGCCCCUGCUGAUCGCGAACUGGAUGAGCUGGACCGUGACCUGGAGCCCAGCUUCCCUGCCCGCGUCAACAUCACCGUUGAGAAGCCUAGCAACGGUGCUAUGCUGAUCCAGACUGUUGCCCAGGAUGGUCUCUUCCAGAUCGAGGAGGUCUCCUACUUCUCUAAGCCCGAUUUGGCACAUGCUCAGACCGCUGAGAAGGAUUGGGCUAGACAGAGCCUUUACGCCGGACCUCCCUUCGAGAAUCUCGAUGAGGAUCUGCAGACCUUCUUGGAACGUUACCUCGAGGAGAGAGGCAUCAACGCAGAGCUGGCCAACAUGAUUCCUGACUACAUCCAGGUGAAGGAGCAGAAGGAAUACGUUCGUUGGCUUGAGAGUAAGUUACCGCCACUCUUGAGACAUUAGUAUCUAUAUCUAACAGUGGAACUUUUAGACGUCAAGAACUUCAUCUCCGCUUAAAUGCGGAUCAAUGAUGCAUUAGUGCGUCUAUAAAAAUGCAUUGGCCAAAUCCCUACUCAUAAUUAUAAUCCUACCUUUCGACUUUUCUCGUGAUCUUUUUUU